UCAAAAUCUUCUAGGCCUCAGUUUCUGUCAUUCCAGAGUUGUAUUUAUUUGUUUCAUACUAUUUAUGAGUCAUCAUGUGCAGUAACACGUUGAUGUUUUGCGUGUUGUACCAGAGUUGAAGUCCACUGGACAUAUAAUAAAGCUGCUAUGUGCAUUUCGGGGUACGUCCAGAAUAAUGCACAGAAGGCUUAAAUAACAGCAGAUUUGCGCCCCUGGGCUUCCAAACAGAUUUUUAAAAAACAAGUUUUUUGCGCCCAGGAAUAAACACACUAAUUAGAUUAUCAUUCACUCAUGUGAUGCAUACUCUUGUUCUGUCUCCCCACUUUGGCAUCAACACAUCUUGGAUGAGCUCUGACAUGUCUGAGAGCCCCUGAUCUAAUUCAAACAGCAUGCCGGUGUAGCUGGUACCCGCGGAGGUUGCGGGGACAGCGGUGACCCGGGACUCUAGGGUCAUGAACACACACAUGCGUUCAAUGAACGCUUUGUUUAGAGAGCAGCAGUAGCCAGUCCUGGCGGCUGACCCUUUGACCGCACCAUCAGCUGUUUGCCCUGCAGAAGGACCACUAGCUGCUUCAGACCCCCACCCACCUCCACCUUCACCUCUUCGUCAUCCCGACUCAACCCCAAGCACCGUCUCUUGUGGGUUUUUCUAGUUGUUCACACACACUGAGGUUUUGCGUCUUCCCACGUGCAGACGCUUCACCGCUUUGCGUAAUGGCACCGUGCGCACGGUUGUUGUUCUGCUUGAGCGCUUAUUUCCCGUCUCCACGUGCUUUGUUUUCAUCAACAUAAGAUCAUUGAACUAUUGAUCUAAAAACAUUUAACGUCGACAUUAAAGUUCAGAUCUUAAUUAAAACAAUGUUUUUAUUACAGUUUCUGUCAUGAGUUUGAACCAAAAUGUUUCCACUCCAAAUCCCAGUUAAGCGUAAAGUUUACCGCUUCUACUUCUCGUCUCCAACUUUCUGCUCACCAGUGCACUUUGCCGACUGCAGGGUGUCAUGUGAGUGUUUCAGAAGCCGCUGAAGCUCUGAAUAAUAAAUGGCACCCUGUCCACCCCCUCUAAAACCCCUGCCAUCAUUACCAAGUCAAUGGAGGGAAGCAGAAACCGCUCUACCUCCUCAAGCUCUCAGUCCAACAUCUGCACUGACGAAGCGAAGGUGAGCUGCAGUUUUCUAAAGUCCGUGUAUCACACACCGGCUCAGAGCGACUGAAUACACCGCCUGUGAUGGCUGCGACACUUUUGGAAAGAGCUGAUCUGUUCCAAGAGGAAGAUACUUUAUGCGCUUUUUGAGUUUUCCCCUUUGAGCGCUCGGGUUUUUUUUUUAUUUGUUGAAUUUAUUGGCUCAUUUUUGAUAUUUAAACUUCUGACUACUAAUACCCAUGAAUGAGUUUGCGAGUAAUUCACAUUUUUUGAAGCUCUAAUCCAACAAGAAGAAACAUGGAUCGUGUUAUUUUUUGUUUUUUCCUAAUAUUUAUUAAAGAGACUCACGCAUUGCGUUAUGGCAUCACCAACAAUCUCCAACCUUACAUGCCGAAUGUGUGCGUGGAGAGGGAGGUGACGCUGGUCGCCCAGAGGCAGCCGUGUGUGCAGGCCUUCACACGCAUGGUUAAAGUGUGGAAGCAAGGCUGUGUGGGACAUUCAUGGUGCAUGGGAUACGAGAGGAGGACAGCGUACUACACUGCAUACAGACAAGUGUACAGACAGGAUUAUCAGACUGUGUACAAGUGUUGCCCUGGAUGGUCUCAACUUAACGGAGAAGCGGGUUGUCUGUAUCCGGUGUGUAGCUACGGUGUGUGCUUCAAUGGGGGCCAGUGUCAGGAGGGAUCUACCCAGCUUUGUGAUUGUCCUGCAGGGUUCAACGGACCCAGCUGCCAGUAUGAUGUGAAUGAAUGUGAGGAGACCAACGGAGGCUGCGAGGCUCUCUGCUGUAACACCAUUGGAAGUUUCUACUGCAGGUGUCCCCCUGGACUCAAACUGAACGAAGAUGAUGUGAAUGAAUGUGAGGAGACCAACGGAGGCUGCGAGGCUCUCUGCUGUAACACCAUUGGAAGUUUCUACUGCAGGUGUCCUCCUGGACUCAAACUGAACGAAGAUGGUAAAACCUGUCAAGAUAUUGAUGAGUGCCAGGUCCAUAAUGGAGGCUGCCAGCACAGAUGUGUUAACACCAGGGGCUCCUACUACUGUGAAUGCCACCCAGGCUCUCGCUUGCAUGUAGACGGCCGCACCUGCCUCGCUGUCCACUCGUGUGCCAUCAGCAACGGAGGAUGUGAACACUACUGUGUGCAGCAGUCCGCCGCUCAUUUCCGCUGUCGCUGCAAGCCAAAUUACGUGUUGGCAGAGGAUGGCAAGCAUUGCAAAUUGCAGAAUCCCUGUGCAGACCAGAAUGGAGGCUGCAUGCAUGAGUGUCGGGUUGAUGGUGGCAGAGCUCACUGCGACUGUAAAGUUGGCUACAUCCUGGCAGAAGACGGGAAAACCUGUGAAGAUAUCGAUGAGUGUGAGACGGAGGCCAACUGUGCUCAUGGCUGCCACAACACACUGGGCUCUUACGCCUGUGUGUGUAACGCUGCCUAUGAGCUGGGAUCUGAUGGAAAACAGUGUUACAGAAUUGAGAUGGAGAUCGUGAACAGCUGCGAGAACAGCAACGGCGGCUGUUCGCACCACUGCCAACAUUCAACCAACGGGCCUGUUUGCUCCUGUAACCAUGGCUACAGACUGGACGAUGACUUUAAAACCUGCAUCGACGUGGAUGAAUGUGCAGAGCUGAGCUUCUGCUGUGAGCAGGACUGCAACAACUACCCCGGAGGUUAUGAAUGCUACUGCUCAGCAGGAUACAGACUCAGCUCAGACGGAUGUAGCUGUGAUGAUGUAGAUGAGUGUCUGGCUGCUAAUGGCGGUUGUGAUCACACAUGCCAGAACAGCGCUGGUUCCUUCCAGUGUUUCUGUCGCCGGGGUUUCCGUCUGGACGAGGACCGGCAAUCCUGCAUCCCACUAGACGAUGCCAUUGAGGCCCUGUCCAGCGGAGGUGCCAUCGAGUUGCCUCUCAUCCGCCCCCAGCUCACCUUGAUGCAUGACUACAGCCAAGCCCUGGAGCGCUUUGACGACUAUGAAGACGACGAGGGAGAGCUGAGAGCCGAGAGCAACCUGGCAGAGAAAUUCGUGUGUUUGGAUGACACUUUCGGCAAUGACUGCAGUUUGACGUGUGACGACUGUUCUAAUGGUGGAAAAUGCAAUCCAUGGAAAACUGGCUGCGACUGCCCCGACGGAUGGAUCGGCAUCGUCUGCAACCAGACAUGUGCCGAGGGACAAUUUGGUAAAAACUGCUCCUUCCCCUGCAAGUGUAAAAAUGGCGCCACCUGUGAUCCCGUCACUGGGAGCUGCCGCUGUCCGCCUGGGGUCAGUGGAGACUUGUGUCAGGAUGGCUGUCCUAAGGGCUUCUAUGGAAAGCAGUGCAACAAGAAGUGUAACUGUGCCAAUAACGGUCGCUGCCACCGAACGUACGGAGCCUGUUUGUGUGAUCCUGGACUCUACGGACGCUUCUGCCAUCUCCCGUGUCCUAAGUGGACGUUUGGUCCGGGCUGCUCUGAGGAGUGUCAGUGUGUUCAGCAGAAUACUUUGGAGUGUCACCGUCGCCAUGGUACCUGCGUCUGUAAACCUGGUUACCAGGGCAACACCUGCAAGGAAGAGUGUAACCCAGGUACUUAUGGAGCCGGCUGUGAGAAGAAGUGCGUCUGUCCACCAGGAGUGUCCUGUGAUCAUGUGACCGGAGAGUGCCAGCGAAAAUGCCCUCCCGGUCGUCAUGGAGAGAACUGUGAUCAGGACUGUCCAGAGGGAAGGUUUGGCCCAGGCUGCAUACAUCCUUGCAACUGCACCAGUGCCCCGUGUGACCCAGUGAUGGGACAAUGCAAGUGCCCAGCGGGGACGUCGGGAAAGCACUGUGAGAACUUGUGUCAGGAGGGUUUCUGGGGUCCAGGCUGCACAGAAACUUGCCCAGUUUGUGAGAAUGGAGGCGUGUGUGAUAAACACAACGGCUCAUGUAACUGUCCUCCAGGGUUCAUGGGCAAAUUCUGCCAGAACUCGUGCCCGGGUGGGCGUUUCGGUCAAGGAUGCCAAAUGAAGUGCGUGUGCGAGAACAACGCUCGCUGUGACGCGGUGAGUGGGCGGUGCACCUGCGCUCCUGGCUGGACUGGACACAACUGCAGAAAAGCCUGUGAUGCAGGACACUGGGGUCCAGACUGUGCAGAAACAUGUGACUGUAGGAACGGAGACGGCAGCUGUGACACCGUGACGGGCCAGUGCAACUGUGAGGCUGGUUACACUGGAGCACACUGCCAUCAGAAGUGUCCUGCAGGUAUGUUUGGUCUCGGCUGUCGCCAUCGGUGUCAGUGUGACAACAAGGCGUUGUGCGACCACGUCAGCGGAGCUUGCACCUGUCAGGUCGGCUGGACUGGAACUUUCUGUGAAAAACCAUGUCCUCAGGGUUUCUUUGGGCUGGACUGCCAGGAGAAAUGUUUGUGUCUAAACGGCGGGAGCUGUGAUCACGUCAGUGGUGUUUGUUCCUGCCCUGCCGGCUGGAUCGGUCCAUUCUGCAACCUGACAUGCCCAACCGGGUCCUAUGGGGAAGGAUGUAACCAAACCUGUAGCUGCCGUAAUGAUGGCAUCUGCCACCCGGCCAGCGGCCGGUGCGUGUGCACACCGGGCUGGACUGGACCCAACUGCACAGAAGAAUGCCCUGCAGGGUUUUAUGGAGCAGACUGUCGGCAGCGCUGUUUGUGCCAGAACGGAGCCACCUGCAACAAGACCAACGGAAAAUGCACAUGUGGCAGCGGAUGGAUGGGCACUGCCUGUGAACUGGAGUGUGUAGUGGGUCGGUUCGGGGCGGACUGCCAGCAGCAGUGUGAAUGUGAGAAUGGCGGCCAGUGUGACAGGCAGACCGGACAGUGCAGCUGCAGUGGCGGCUGGAUCGGAGAACGAUGUGAGAAAGCCUGUGAACCAGGAGUGUUUGGUGCCGGCUGUGAGGAGAGAUGUCAGUGUGUGCACGGGGCUUCAUGUCACCACGUCAGUGGAGAGUGUCAGUGUCCACCAGGGUGGAGAGGAAAGCUCUGUGACAAAGCGUGUUUGCCAGGUUCGUAUGGAAACGGUUGCAUGCAGCGCUGCAGCUGUGCUCAGGGCACAUCCUGCCACCACAUCUCUGGAGACUGCGGCUGUCCUCCUGGAUUCACAGGAAACGGCUGCGAGCAGACUUGUCUUCCAGGAACAUUUGGACAGAACUGUAACCAGGUCUGUCAGUGCUCAGAGACAAACCAGCUCUGCCAUCCGGUGUCUGGAUCAUGUUACUGCGCUCCAGGUUUCCACGGCCCCAAAUGUGACCAAAUCUGUGAAGACGGUCGAUACGGUCCAAACUGUGAAAGAGAGUGCCAGUGUGACAACGGAGGGAAGUGCAUUUCUUCCACCGGAGCCUGCGAAUGUCCAGCAGGAUUUAUCGGAGCAGGCUGCAACAUCACGUGUCCAGCCGGCCGUUACGGAGUCGACUGUGCUCGGGUGGCGCUGUGUGGAGACGGAGCCCAGAAUGACCCGGUCACCGGUCGAUGUGUGUGCAUCUCCGGACGCAGAGGAGAGAACUGUGGACACAGCUGCCCUCCAGGCUGGUUUGGGGCAGACUGUGUCCAACGCUGUAACUGCAGUAAUGGAGGAGUGUGUGACAGCGCAACCGGCAACUGUACCUGCAGUCUGGGCUGGACGGGAGCACACUGUGAUAAAGAGUGUCCUGCGGGCAGAUUUGGUGCCAACUGCCAGCUGCAAUGUAAAUGUCAUAAUAACAGCACAUGUGACAGAGUGACGGGAACGUGUCAGUGCGGUCCAGGCUACUAUGGACAUCUGUGUGAACACGCGUGUCCUCCUGGUCUCCACGGCUUGCUGUGCCAGCUGCAGUGUGACUGUAUGAACGCAGCUUCCUGUCACCCUGCGACAGGCCAGUGUAUCUGUCCUCCGGGACACCACGGAGCUCGCUGUCACAGAGUGUGUGAACAGGGUACCUACGGUCACAGCUGUGCCAAGGUGUGCGACUGUGAGGACGACACUCCAUGUGAUCCCGUGACGGGAAGAUGCCUCUGCUCCUCUGGGAAGACCGGACAAAGAUGUGACAUCGACUGCAGAGCGAACCGUUACGGGCCGGACUGUGCAGAGACCUGCGAGUGUGAGAACGGGGCGCAGUGCGACCGACGCAACGGCCGCUGCAGCUGCCUGCACAGCUGGAUCGGACUCUCCUGUCGAGAAGGUGGACCUCCACGCCUCACCUCCAGCAGCAAGGGAGACUCACAACACAAUAACUCAUUAUAGCACCGCCAUCAAGCUGGAAAACUCCAACAAGAACUGGGACAGAUCGGCUACUUUUUUGCUGAAGUGACUCAAGUGAGUGAAAGCUUGUGACAGCUGGAGGACGUUCAUGGAAAAUAGACUCUCGGAUGAGAACUGUUUGGAAGUUUCAUGUUUGGACCUGAGUUGGAUGAUAGUUUUUUUUUUUUCGUGCCAAAGUGUCCAUUGAAUUGUUGAAGCUCGUUUCACCAGCCUGACCUCAUUGCUCCAUCACCAUUUUUGUGGUCAAAGUGGACCAUCGAACAGGUUUUAGUCUUCAGGAUUCAAAAACUACACCCGCAGAGUGCAGCGUCAGGAGAUUUUGGUUGUUUACGGCACUUUUGUUCUCAAAAUACCUUUUUGCAGGUACUGUAUAUAAAAUAACUUCUAAUUUUUUAAAGAACUUGGUGAUAUUAUAUCUCAGAGACAUUUCCUACCGUGUUAUUUGCCAAUACUAUGAUGUUGUUUUUCAAUCUAUACAAUAUGAAGUACUACCCUCAGUCCAGUGGUGCUAUGGUGCUUUACUGUACAAUGAAACAGACUAUGUCGAUCCUCAGAUUUUCAGCAGUAAAGCACAAUGUUGACUAAAUAUAUCUUAAUGGACAGCUGGAGUUCAUUUAAGAUUACACAGCUAGUAUUCAUCUGCAAGGUUUGCUUCAAAGUUCUUGUGUUUAAUUUCUUUUUGUUUUGUAUAUAAAUUGCGCCAUAUUUAUAUUUCACACAGUUGUAUACAGUUGAAUAUACCGAAAGUUUUAAAAUGCAUCACUGGAUAAAAGAGACUGCCAAAUCCACAGUCCAGUAAAAACCCAAUUUUUUAUAUUUUUUUUUAAACACAUGAAUCCCAAUAAAAGACGAAGACACAAACGUUUGUUUACCAUUCUUAUUUUAUCAUUAUUUCAUUUUCAUUGAAGAUCGAAGCUGUACAUCCUGUCUAAAUUCAGAUUUCAAGCACAGUGCAGAUAGCAACGCCUGCAAAAGAAAAUUAAAAAAGAAAAAGAAAAAAGGCAGAGGUGAUCACAACCAGAAAUAUAUAUAUAUACAAAGGUCAAACUAUGUACAGGAGAUACCAGGCUCUCACUACGUCAUCUUCAGAGUGAAUUCAGUCCACCGUUUCAUUCACUUUAUUCCUCAUGAUGCAGACACAACACAAAAAAAAAAAUGCUUCUUUUUUUUUGUCGGCCUUGAUACAAUACUGAUAGGAAAAAUGCAGCAUGAUGAAAAAAAUAAAAACAGUUCUUUGAUUCUCUCUACUGCAUUAAAGGCUAAAACAUAAAAAUAUAUUCUCUGUAUAACCUAGAACCUUCUGUAAAAUAAGCUCUAUCCGUCGGCGGCUCUGGUUUCAUUUCUGAACUAGUCAUUAAAAUGUUAGAACAGCAAAUAUGAUGAAACUAGGACCACUUAAAGCAUGAAUUUCUCCUACACAGGCGAGGGCACUAGGUAAUUACACUUCAGCCUUAAAACAUUAAGAGUUAUUUCUACAAUGUGCAGAAACCUUUCGAACACCAGGAAGGUCAGCACGGAGUGAAAUAACACUGAUGGUCAAACAAAAUGCACAGCGAUACCGAUUAAGGGACAAAUCUGACAUUUUGGGAAAAACACUUGUGCGAUUUCUUGCCGUGAGUUGAUGAAAAGAUUGACACCACUCUCGGUUUUCUGUAACAGCUCAUUCCUCCUCAGGGUCACGAUCCCAGCUGACACUGCCUGUACAAGUUAAACAGUUCAGUGAGGUGACAGUGCUAACCACUGCAGCACCCUCACUCUCGUGUCUCUGCUAAAAAUGAAGCUGCUGGUUAACACUUUCUGCUCCGUGACUGGUGUGAUGUCGCCCCUGUUUUUUAUGAAAAAUGUGGGAUUCUAGGCAUGGUGGAAGUGACUGUCUGGAGGCUACGCAGUGAUUUGUUUUACCCGCUGU